UCAACAUCCCUUCCUCUGCUACAGGCUGGAAACAACAAACUCUGCGUCUCGGAAGGUCUCUUCUGUCACAAUCACUGUCUCUGUCAGCCUCAUCCUGCAUCAUGCUGCGCCCAGUUGCCAUCCACUGUCUCUUGUCCACCUUGUGCAUGUGGUCGCUAUGCAACGGCCAGUCAGACUCUAGCCCUGCUGUAAUCCAGCUACGUCUAGCCGGAGAGAAGCGGAAACACUACGAGGGCCGGGUGGAAGUUUUCUACAAUGGAGAGUGGGGGACGGUGUGCGAUGAUGACUUCUCCAUCUCUGCUGCCCAUGUGGUGUGCAGAGAGCUCGGCUUCUUGGAUGCUGAGUCCUGGGCGCCCUCGGCCAAGUACGGAAAAGGAGAAGGAAGAAUCUGGUUAGACAACGUGCACUGUUCUGGUGGAGAGAAGAGCCUGGCUCAGUGUCACUCCAAUGGCUUUGGAGUGUCGGACUGCAAACAUUCUGAAGAUGUCGGAGUGGUGUGCAACCAGAAGCGCAUUCCAGGCUUCAAAUUCAUCCGUAACGAGGCCAACAACAACGAGGCUGUGACUGUGCAGGUGGAGGAUGUGAGGCUCAGGGCCACUUACUCUCAUAGGAAAAGGAUUCCCAUCACUGAGGGCUUUCUGGAGGUGAAAGACGGAGGCAAGUGGAGACAGAUCUGUAACGAGGAGUGGACAGAGAAGAACAGCAGGGUCAUCUGUGGCAUGUACGGCUUCCCCGGGGAGAAACGAUUCAAUACCCGACCCUACAAAUUGCUGGCAAAUCGUCGUAAGAAGAACUUCUGGGGGUUUUCUGUCAACUGCACAGGCAACGAGGCUGACCUGUCUGACUGUAAGCUGGGCAGGGAGAUAGAGCUGAAGGGCAACAGUACCUGUGAGAAAGGCAUGCCUGUAGUGGUCAGCUGUGUGCCUGGACGCGCCUUUGCUCCCAGCGUCAGCGCCGGCUUCAGGAAGGCCUACAGGGUGGAGCAACCCUUGGUGCGUCUAAGGGGCGGAGCUAUGAUCGGCGAGGGUCGAGUGGAGGUGUUGAAGAACGGGGAGUGGGGGACCGUGUGUGAUGACAACUGGAACAUUCGAGCUGCCACCGUGGUGUGUCGAGAGCUGGGGUUCGGUAGCGCCAAAGAGGCCCUGACUGGCGCGCGACUGGGACAAGGGAUCGGGCCGGUGCACAUGAACGAGGUGGAGUGCUCUGGGUUUGAAAAGUCUCUGACUGAGUGCUACUUCAACCGUGACUCUGUGGGCUGCAGCCAUGAGGAAGACGCAGCGGUCAGGUGUAACGUUCCCGCCAUGGGUUUCAACAAAAGACUUCGGUUAAGUGGUGGUCGUAAUCCCUAUGAGGGCCGUGUGGAGGUCCUGGCGGAGAGGAACGGCUCUAUGGUGUGGGGUGCAGUGUGCAGUGACAGCUGGGGGACCAUGGAGGCCAUGGUGGUGUGCAGACAGCUGGGCCUCGGCUUUGCCAGCCAUGCUUUCCAGGAAACUUGGUACUGGCAAGGGGAUGCUUCAGCUGAGGCAGUCGUGAUGAGCGGAGUGAGAUGUUCAGGAACUGAGCUAACUCUGGAUCAGUGUCUACAUCAUGGGAAACAUGUUCUCUGCCCCAAAGGAGGUGGACGCUUCGCUGCGGGGGUCUCCUGUACCCAGAGUGCCCCAGACCUGGUUCUUAGUGCCCAGGCUGUGGAGCAGACCACCUACUUGGAGGACAGACCCAUGUAUGCGCUGCAGUGUGCCCAUGAGGAGCACUGUCUGUCUAGUAGUGCUGACAACGCCGACCCCAACUCCUAUCGCCGCCUUCUUCGCUUCUCCUCCCAGAUCCACAACAACGGACAGUCAGACUUCAGGCCGCGGGCAGCACACCACUCCUGGGUCUGGCAUGAGUGUCACAGACAUUACCACAGUAUGGAGGUUUUCACCCACUAUGACUUAUUCAGUCUAAACGGCACUAAAGUGGCAGAGGGACACAAAGCCAGCUUCUGUCUGGAGGACACUCACUGUGAUGAAGGUAUCCAGAAGAGGUAUGAAUGUGCAAACUUCGGGGCCCAAGGCAUCACAGUUGGCUGCUGGGAUACCUACAGGCACGACAUUGACUGUCAGUGGAUUGACAUCACAGACCUGAAGCCCGGCGACUACAUCUUCCAGGUUGUGAUAAACCCCAAUUAUGAGGUUGCAGAAUCAGAUUACACCAACAACAUUAUGAAGUGCCGCUCCAGGUACGAUGGACAGCGGAUAUGGACAUACAACUGUAAUAUAGGUGGCUCACGGAGUUCAGAAACAGAGGAAAUGUUCCCUGGAUUGCUGAACAACCAGAUUUCACACAGGUAGACCAAAGAUGGAAGACACAGACGGACGGACAUUAGGGAAGCAUAUGUUAAUAUUUGACAACCACUAGAGGGGCCUGGACGGUUCUGCUUCCUUGGAGCCGUGCUGGGUUGUUGUUGAGCCCUGAGCUCAACAGCUACAACAAACAAUGAACUGCUUGCUUACAAAAUCUAUUACCCACAUUCAGCUGUACAAAAGUGUCCCUAUCUCUUAGUGCCUUUAUUGACAGUGAAAUGUAGGUUUCGACCUGGUGCUAACUGGGGAGAUGUCAGGGAGGGUUAAAGCCAAAUCGCUUCUUUAAGUUGGAAAUAACUUGUGCCGGCUAGGCCAAAAUUCCAAGACUUUGAAAAAGCCUUAAACCAAAAACCAUUAGGUUAGACCUUCACCUUAAUGUUGAUGUUGUUGCUAUACCUGGUGCUAAAAAUGAUCAUGCACUGUUAUGUUUACCACAAAACAAUUUAAUAAAAGAGGGGUGUUUUGUCACGCUUACAGUAUUGACUAGUUAAAGGCUUGAAAAACUGAAAAUAAAUACAGAACAAGAUUAUUAUUACUGUUGAGCAAAAUGGCACAAUCUCCUGUUCUCCUGUAUUUAAUUUUCUAUAAAGGAUGAUCAUCUGUAACCAAAACUGUAAUAUAGGCUACCUAAAGUUGUAUUUCUUUUUUCUGUCAGUGCUCAACAGAAAUCUAUAAGAACAGUUGCUUGGAUCUUUUUCCUACAGUGUUUCUGACAAUCUGUGAAGAUUUUCAGUCAUUAAUUGUCAGAACUAGGUAGGAAUGUGCUUUUAUGUUUUUAUGUUUUAUUUAUUAUUAUUUUUUCUUGUUAGACACACAUGUUCAUCUUCAUCAUCUGUGCAUCCCCUCAGCUUCAGUUUUGUUACAUUACCAUCAGGGACUAUGAGAACAUUGUGGAUGUACUGCUAAAGCCACAAUUGUAUGUGAAAAUGCAUUUUUAAUUGUUUUGUGAAUUAGUUUUUUUAAAUGUAGCAAAUUCAAGAAUCCUUCAUUUUAAAAAGAGUACUUGUUGCCUGCUGCCUGACUGGUUAUAUUUUGUAUGCAAGGAUGAAUGUGGAAAAAGCAUUACAUUUUUGAAAAUAAAUAUUGGUGAAAGCAGAAAUCCAAUUCACAUUAACGUUUUAUAACGGUUAAAAUGGUUUUACUUGUAUUAUUCCAAGUUUAUUGAUCACCCUGGUGUUUUAGUUUGACAAAGAAUGGAAAGGGGAAAUAAUUUAUUUCCAACAACUCCUCAGCAAACACAUGUUCCUGUGUGGAUUUGGAAAAUGCCUUACUGGGGAUUUCCACCGGACGCGUUA